UUAUUGGAACGAGACGCCGCUUUGUUCAACAGUAGGAGGGAGGAGGACAGACACACAGCUGCUUGUUUUGCCUUGCACAAAUACAGUCUACCGACCUGGACUGUUAGCGUUGUAAUAUACAUUAGGAAAAUCUUUUCUCUUCCCGGACUGAGAGGAAUUCUGCGUAAGGGAUGUCAAAGCGAGUGCGAAGCAGGGAGGUCUGCGCUGAUUGCAGCGCUCCUGAGCCCCGUUGGGCCUCUGUAAACAGGGGUGUGUUGAUCUGCGACGAGUGCUGCAGCAUCCACCGGGGUCUCGGGCGACACAGCUCUCAAGUCAGGCAUCUGACUCAGUCUUCUUGGCCUCCGUCUCAGCUGCAGAUGGUCCAGACAUUAUAUGGCAAUGGUGCAAAUUCCAUAUGGGAACACAGCCUUCUAGAUCCUUCCUCAUCAACGAGUGGGAAACGCAAAGCCAACCCUCAGGACAGGGUUCAUCCCAACAAGACGGAGUUCAUCAAGGCAAAAUAUCAGAUGUUGGCCUAUGUCCAUCGGAUGCCUUGUCGUGAUGAUGACAGUGUAACUGCAAAGGAUCUCAGUAAGCAACUCCACUCCAGUGUUCGGACCGGGAACCUGGAGACCUGCCUCAGACUUCUAUCUCUAGGAGCGCAAGCCAACUUCUUCCACCCAGAGAAAGGUAACACCCCACUACAUAUAGCAGCAAAGGCAGGUCAGAUUCUACAAGCUGAGCUCUUGGCAGUUUAUGGAGCCGAUCCCGGAGCUCUGGACUCCAGUGGGAAGACGCCGAUUGACAACGCAAGACAAGCUGGGCACAAGGAGCUGGCAGAGAGGCUGGUCGAGAUACAAUAUGAACUCACUGACCGGUUAACAUUUUACCUGUGUGGCAGAAGACCUGAUCAUAGAAACGGGCAGCACUUCAUCAUUCCACAAAUGGCUGACAGAAGCAACAGUCUCGAUUUGUCAGAUUUUGCAAAGGCAGCAAAGAAGAAGCUCCAGUCGUUAAGUAACCAUCAAUUUGAGGAACUCGCCAUGGAUGUUUAUGACGAAGUGGAUAGAAGAGAAACUGAUGCAGUCUGGCUGGCCACUCAGAAUCACAGCACUCUUGUCACAGACACUACAGUUGUUCCGUUUUUGCCCGUCAACCCUGAAUAUUCAUCCACCAGAAAUCAGGGUCGUCAGAAAUUGGCGAGGUUUAGCGCUCAUGAAUUUGCCACCUUGGUUAUUGAUAUUCUAGCAGAUGCUAAACGACGACAGUGGGGUAAUUCCUGCGAUAGUCCAAAAGAUAACGUUGAACUGAUCCUUCAGGGACUAAACAGUCGCCACAACAGUGAGAGCCAAGACAACGAUCAACCAGAUUAUGACAGUGUGGCAUCUGAUGAAGAUCCAGUACAAGAGGCCACAUGUGGGGAUAGCUGUAACCAUGGAAGGACAAAGAGCUCAGAGUCUUCUGAUCUGUCUGAUGGACCAAUCACAGUGCAGGAGUUCAUGGAGGUGAAGAGUGCCCUGACUGCAUCAGAGGCCAAAAUACAGCAGCUUCUCAAAGUCAACUGUCAUCUUAGUAAAGAACUGCAGAUGAUGCAGAGCAAGCUGAGCUCCCUGCAAACUGAAAACACAACGCUGAGAUGGCAAACCCCCGGCGGGCAACAACAUCCCCAGGGGCCCUUUGGUCGACAUCCACCCCGCGGAGGUCGCGCCAUGUCGAUGUAUGAGACGGGCUCCGCUCCGAAACAUUUCUCCCACCGAGCGGACACGGCUCGCCAUGAUGACGGAGUCGUUUUGCAGCCAUUUCCCACCAACAUUGGGAGGGGCCCUUUGGGGACAGCUGCCUCCUCCCUCCCUACCUUCCCCUCUCCCCUGUCCUGGUCGUGGGAUGAGAGAUCUCGCAGGGGCUGUAGUCUUGGAGGACACGGUACGAUGUUGGAGAGCGACUAUGACACUACUCCAAACCACUCUGAACUCGAGGAGACUGGCAGUCCGGUAGCAGCUCCUGACUCAGUGGAACCGGGGGUGGAAGGUGAAGAAGACGCCACCCUGCCGUGCACCGAGGACGUCAUCUGCAAGACGGAGCAGAUCACCAAGAACAUCCAGGAACUCCUGAGAGCUGCGCAGGAGACCAAGCAUGAAAGCUUUCUGCCGUGUUCUGAGAAGAUCCGUUUGGCUGUGACCGAGAUGGCCGCCCUAUUUCCCAAGAGGCCGUCCUCGGAGACGGUGCGAAAUUCUCUGUAUCUGCUGACUUCGAGCGCGAGCCGACUUCACGGAGAGUGCCAGAAGGCGGCAGAGCACAAUCCCUGCCCAUCGGACAUCCAGCUGGUCACACAGCAGGUCAUCCAGUGUGCCUAUGACAUUGCCAAAGCUGCCAAGCAACUCGUUACUGUCACAACCAAAGAAAACAACAACUAAUCUAAUCCCAAAGACACUCCUCAAGCACUCGAUGCGCAAUCCAUCUGUUGCAGUGCUAGGCUUUCUUUUUAAUCAGUGUUAUAUUUCUGUUUCCUCAACGGUAAUAAGUCUAAGCAUUCACACACAUUCCUUGGGGUGGGAACGUCUUACCAAAGGAUUCAGAAUCAUAAAGUCAUCAAAAAAUAACUUUUGUCUUUGUGCAAUGCAUUUAUGAAAAGACACAUCCUUACCUCGCAGAGUUAAAUCCCUCUGGUUUCCGAAAGUGCAACGUUGUGCGCUUAUGGAACCUAACCAGAACAACAAGCAGUUCUAAAGAGUUUCUUUGUGUUUUUUCUCUUUCUCCUCAGUACUGUAUUUGACAUCUGUUGUGGUUCUUGACGUCUGCUUUCUGGCAUGGUCCAAAAGAUUCAGACCAGCAAGGAUCACGACCGAUAAACCCUCCCCAGUUUACUCCAGUGACGAUGGUUUAUUUUUCUAAUAACUGUUGUUUUAGGAAACUGUGGCUGUAUCGUAAUCUAAAAGCUUUGUGAUGUUGCUUGCUUAAAAGUGUACACUUGUUUAGAAAGCCGACUGUGACGAAGACACAAAACGCCUUCGGUGUAUUAGACAAUGUUUCAGACCAGCACACUCUCAUUCCAUCCAGUAGGAGAUUUAUGUUGUUUUUUUUUUCUCUCUUUCUCUCUCUCUCUCUUUCUCUCUCUCACUCACUCACUCAGCUGGUUGAAGAUCUCUUCUUUAGGUAAAGUAUCAGUAGUUAUCGGAGUUAUAAUGUUACAGCCAUACUUAUGAUGCUGUGUGUGAGGGGGCGAAGUUGCUCUCAAAUGCGCCCUCCACAACGGGAUGUGCGAAAACCACUUUGAAUCAAUUCUAAUAGCAUUAUGCAAAUAUGUAAGAUGUAUGUAUCCAUGCAAUUCUUUAUCAGAUUAAUCCAAAUGCUAUUCUAUUUAAAAAGGAAAAAAAAAUGUAUGCCAUACCUCUAAACAAAUAUCAGUGUUUAUUUUCAUAAGCUUUCUGUUUAACACAGCUAACAUUCGUCCUGCUGUUUGGGGCAUCCCAGCUGGCAGUUAGUCAAAGAUAACUUGUGAUUUCUGUGUAUUUGCUGUGGUGCUGUAAUCGGGUGUUUUACACGCUUCCUGUGGUCAAAUGCGUACUGCUACAUGGCUUACAGCCCACGAUAAAAUAACCGUAACCUCUGUGUACCUGUUGUAAAUCAUAGCGAGCCAGACGAGUUUGACCCAGUUGUGGGAAUGAACUGUAGUUCUUUUUCAUGUUACUCAGGUUGAAUUGGACUUCAUAAACAUAAAACGUGUUCACUGUG